GGCCGCCGGUACACAAGCAGUCGAGCACCGCCAUUCAAUCGGCAACUUUAUCUUCAUUACACGAAGCAAAACACCAUGAAGUGCACCGUCUCUCGGUCCAUUUUUCACAAUCUUCUACCUCCAAAUUCUCCGAGCUUCUCCAGGAUUUAUGUCCACUUCACAUCAUCUACUCGUCGUAGAAGAUUCGGCACUGUCGCUUUCUCCCAAUCUCCCGAGGUUAGCGACGAGCGGAUGGUGGUGGUUGGCGGUGGAGCUGCUGGAAUUUAUGGAGCAAUCAGGGCCAAAACUUUGGCUCCCAAUCUUAACGUUGUUGUGAUCGAAAAAGGGAAGCCUCUAGCAAAGGUUAAAGUAUCUGGAGGUGGUCGUUGCAACGUCACAAAUGGGCAUUGUGCCGAUAAUAUGAUUUUGGCAGAACAAUACCCAAGGGGUAGUCGAGAAUUCAGAGGUUCAUUCUUCAAUGUUCAUGGCCCUGGGGAUACCAUGUCUUGGUUUUCAGAUCAUGGGGUGAAAUUGAAGAUUGAGGAAGAUGGAAGGGUCUUUCCAGUGAGCGACAAUUCAUCUUCAAUUGUUGAUUGCCUUCUAAAUGAAGCAAGGCAGAGGGGAGUUACACUGCAGACUGGAAAGUCUGUGACAUCAGCUUCUACUUCUGCUGGUGGCAAAUUUAUACUCAAGAUUGAGAAGCGUACGAUUGAUUAUGUGGAUUUCAUUGAAGCUGAUUAUCUAUUAAUUGCUAGUGGCAGCAGUCAGCAGGGUUACAAUCUUGCUACUCAACUUGGCCAUUCUAUAAUUAAACCAGUACCGAGCUUAUUUACAUUCAAGAUUGAUGAUACACGGAUAACAGAGUUAUCUGGGAUUACGUUUCCAAAAGUUAAGGCAAGUUUAAAGCUUGAAUCUUUGCAGAAGAACAUUCCACAGCUUACCCAGGUUGGGCCGAUGUUAGUCACACACUGGGGACUUAGUGGUCCAGUAAUUCUUCGGUUAUCUGCCUGGGGUGCUCGUGAUCUCUAUAGUUCAGACUAUAAAGGAACACUUCUGGUGGAUUUUUCUCCCGAUCUUCAUAGCGAAGAUUUGAAGUCUUUGCUAUCUCAACACAAAAAACAAUUUCCUAAACAAAAAGUAGUUAAUUCAUACCCUCCGGAACUUGGGCUCAUGAAGAGGUUUUGGAGAUACUUGUUGAACCGCGAGGGCAUAGAUGAAGAUAUCUUGUGGGCUUCCAUUUCAAAUAACUCCUUGAUGUCUGUUGCUUCUCUGUUAAAGCAAUGUUCAUUUAUAGUUAAAGGAAAGGGCCAAUUUAAGGACGAGUUUGUCACAGCCGGAGGUGUUCCAUUGUCUGAGAUCUCACUGAAAACAAUGGAGAGCAGGAUUCAAUCCCAUCUGUUCUUUGCUGGAGAGGUGCUGAAUGUUGAUGGGAUUACAGGAGGUUUCAAUUUUCAGAACGCUUGGUCAGGUGGGUACAUUGCAGGAACAAGUAUAGGCAAGAUGGCAGCGGCAUCAGCACCUGCUACUUUAAAGGAACUGGCCAUGUGACACCCGGUGGAACAAGCAACAUGGGUUUUCAUCUGAGCGGAAAAUGAUCUGCAUUUUUGGCUUGUAAGUUAUAUCAAUUUUAGGACCUGUUUGUUAGCACCUUAAUGAGCUUAAUGAGACUCACAUCUUAUUCGGUCAGCUAUACAUGAUUGU